AUGGACCUUCCUCCUGCGCCGCCCGCGCCGUCCCUGGCCGAGCCGACAGAUAGCACGCCUCGUGCCCCAGGCUUGGGUGUCCAAAAUGAGGUCCCGAAAACGCCAAACAGUCUGGCACCACCUGCCAUAUCUUCUCUACGGGCCGACAGCGCAGCAAUGAUGCGAAGGUCUCUGAGCGAAGACAUUCGCGAGGAGCGGGAGGAACUACGUGAGGCUGCGGAGCAGACACUGAAUGUAAUCAUGGACCUUAACCUCGAUGGCACAAUUCGUUGGGUAAGCCCGUCCUGGAUUGAUGUGAUUGGCACUCUACCUGAGUCUGUUCAGGGCGUUGCCAUCUCCGACCUGAUUGUCAGCGACAACAAGAACAUCUUUGCCGAGAUCGUCGAGUCCAUGCAGAAAGACGACUCAAAGAGUCAGUUCAUCAGGUUUGUCGUGAACCUUGGCCCCCUCUCGCGCCUAGCCUCGCUGGACGCAGCUAGGGAAGGCGAUACUCAGCCUGAGCGCCAGACUUUGGAGCUCGAGGCGCAGGGAAUCAUGGUCUAUGAUACCUCGUCGGGUGGAGAGAGCCAUACCAUGUGGAUGGUUAGGCCCUCAAUUGGCCCUCGCGAGAUUAAGAUAGACCUUCCCGACGUCAUUGUCGAGUCUUUGGGCUCAGGAGCCGAAGUUCUUGCCAGCUAUCUGACACAACUAGCCGAGACAGGCCUGGACGACCCUGCGAACCACGCACCACCGCUUCCAGUUCUCUGCCGCAUCUGUGAACGACAAAUUCCUCCUUGGUGGUUUGAAAAGCAUACGGAUUUGUGUUUACAGGAGCACCGCGCCGAGAUGGACGUCCAGAUGGCCCAAGAAAGCUUAACAGAGCAUCGGCACGCCAUCGUCAAAGUUCUUGACGCACUCGAAGUACGGAAGAGUCGAUCACUAAGUGGAGACCAGUCACCAUUACCACUAGCAGAGUAUAAAGGGUUCCCUAUUGGACCCCCUCCGUCGACUACUUCAUCAUCUGGAGCUUCUUCCCCAGCCCCAAGCAAUGACAGGGCAUCCCGUGAACGGCCAGGGCACGUUAGAGGCCGUUCUUUUGCUGUUCGCAGGCCUCAAGCUCGAAUUGUCGAACUAAUCCUCGAUCUUUGCGACACCGCUUUGGAAAUCAGCCCGCCGGCCAUCAAAGAAGCAUCGUCCGCAAACCCGGGCGAGUUCCGCACACAGUCUCCUCAGUCUGAGUCACGGAUAUCGCAGGUGAUGCAAUGGCAGUCUCCGAGCACCAACACAUUGGAGCAGGAACAAGGGCUUGCUUUGUUGUGCGCCGACACGGAGAAUGUUGUCAAGGCAAAGGUAGAGGCUGUGCUUCGACACAGAAGGAUCAUCGAAUAUGCUGAGCGCAUCCGCAUCGAAUUCGCAGUCACAGUGGAAGCAUGCAUCGAGGAGGCUAUGAGGAAAGCUGCUAAGAUUGCUGCUGGUCGGCUCAGUGAUUCCACAGAGGAUGAGGAUGAGAUUUUCCAGGCGCCGGCUCCGGAUGAGGUUAUCGAAACUGUCGGCGUCGAUGCCGCCACGACGUCACUUGCCUUAGCGUUACAAAACGCCAACAUUAGCGAUGACCCCGACCGACGACGCAUGUCCGCCGCGAUAACUUCGACUAGGUCGAGUAGCCCUAGGGAGUGCCCGACCCCCAGAUCUCAUCGCGGCACCCUGAGUGUCUCCGGUCACACUCGUGACUCUCGUCGCGGCUCCUUGUUGUUCGAAAGCGACCCUGGGGACAGUGAUGGUAGCAUGCGGUCAUCCUCUGUCACGUCCAGGCAGCCACCCCGGACCGAAUCCCCAAUAUCCGAGUUCGGCGAUCUCCGGAAACAGGCCAGCUCGAGACAGCAUCAUCGGCGCAGCCUCAUCUUGCCAGGGGCCGUGUCUCCUCGCCGACAAGAGUCGCCCUCUCGGGGCACUCAACCAUCGUCUCCACUCCGCAUCCAUAAACCACGCGGGUUGGCUUUCCCCGAUGCGCUAAUGUCGCCCGAAUCCUCUCCAAUGCUUCCAGGCAGCGAAUUCACAUCUCCUUCGCUGUCUCAUCACCACCAUCAUCGUAGGCAAUCGUCGGCUGCGAUGUCUUUCGGUAAUGGCGAGCAUGGUUUUAGACCUCCGCCAUCGCCCCGACUAAGUGCGGCCAACCCACCUCCGCUUGCCCGCGCUGUUCCCCCCUCAAUCAAAGACUUUGAGGUCAUUAAACCCAUCAGCAAGGGCGCCUUUGGCAGCGUGUACCUUUCCAAAAAGAAGUCUACUGGAGAAUAUUUUGCCAUCAAGGUCCUGAAGAAGGCAGACAUGGUUGCCAAGAACCAAGUCACCAACGUCAAAGCCGAGCGAGCCAUCAUGAUGUGGCAAGGUGAAAGCGAGUUCGUCGCCAAACUGUACUGGACGUUCUCGAGUAAGGAUUAUUUGUACCUCGUCAUGGAGUACCUGAACGGCGGCGACUGUGCAUCACUGAUCAAGAUUCUUGGAGGCCUUCCUGAAGACUGGGUCAAGAAGUAUUUGGGCGAGGUCAUCCUUGGUGUGGAGCACCUUCACAGUCGAGGCAUUGUGCACAGAGACCUGAAGCCUGACAACCUUCUCAUCGAUCAAAAGGGUCACCUGAAGCUCACCGACUUUGGACUCUCUCGAAUGGGUUUGAUUGGUCGCCAAAAGCGUGCGUUGAAUAGCGGGACAACAGACCCGGCUCCAGAUCUGCUGAAGCAGGGACCCUUUGCUCGUUCGGCCUCGAUCGCCUCCUCCCGUUCUACCUCACUUGAUCUCCAGGCGCCAAGCCACUCACCGAACAAUACACCACACAUAAAUCCCAAUGAGGGCAGCCUGACACAGCCGUCCUACUUUAGCCUGGGAUCUUCAAAACGUGAUUCAAGGCGGCUCUCUGGCCAUCGGAGCGACAGUGGGGGGAGUGAAGGCCUGGCAAACAUGCUGAGCAACUUUUCUCUUCACGAAGCGACCUCCGCAACGGUGCCGCCCCAGGCUGUGCAAUCUCCUCCUCCGGCGGAUGGGAGUGAAGGUGAAGGCAGUGGCUCGCCAGAUCCUGGAUCUCUUCAUCAUCCAAUCGGUACCCAUGGAAGUGCGAGCAUUGAGGCCGGAAAGGGCACGCCACCGUCAAACAUGCCUCCUCCCAACUGGGCACUGUUCGACCCUGAAGACAAGAACAGAAGAUUCGUUGGUACACCAGACUACCUUGCCCCCGAGACUAUCAAAGGCGACCCUCAAGAUGAAACCAGUGAUUGGUGGUCUGUCGGGUGUAUAAUGUUUGAGUUCCUCUACGGAAUACCCCCAUUCCAUGCUCCAGAACCUGAGUUGGUGUUUGAGAACAUUCUGGCCCGGCGAAUUCAGUGGCCAGAAGAAAUGGAGGAUGAGGUUUCUGCGGAGGCCAAAGAUCUACUCAACAAACUUUUGUGCAUGAAUCCCCGCGAGCGACUGGGAUCUAACAAGGAUGAGAAAUAUUCCUCGGGGGGUGAGGAGAUUCGCAGUCACCCCUGGUUUGAGGGCAUGAACUGGGAUACUCUACUUCAAGAUGAAGCUCAGUUCGUCCCGCAGCUCGAAAAUCCUGAGGAUACCGAAUACUUCGAUGCCCGCGGCGCUACACUUCAGUCUUUUGCGGAAGAGAUGGAGGAUCAAACCUCUCCUCCUUCAGCGCCAGUCUCGGACUAUGCCGACCGUCCGCACGAUGCCCUGUCCCGCGUGCGCUCUCAGUUCAACUCCAUGAAACGAGGAUUGAUGCCCCUGCACAUCCCUCCGCACGUUCGGGAUUUGAAGAGCCGGAGGCUAAGUGAGCCGGUCGCUACAGAUGAUUUUGGCAACUUUUCCUUCAAGAAUCUUCCAGUUUUGGACAAAGCAAACAAGGAUGUUAUUCAGAAGCUACGGGCUGAAGCCUUGGCAGCUCAGAAUAAGCCGGCAUCCAUUAGCCCCGGGGGUCUCAGCGUGGUCACGUCUCCCGGUGGCCCAAGUGUCAGCAUGGAAGGCAGUCCUAUCUUGUCAAUGCCUGUUCAGAGGUCGCUUUCUAAUGCAAAGGCCUCUCAAAGACCACAGUCGCCAUCCGGGCUAGGCCAUGCGAACGCUAUCCCAAGUCGGCCAUCACAGCCCUCUUCACCUCUCCUGGUCUCAUUUGUUGCUAAUCAAGGAGGCGAUGGACGGCGAAAAGCAUCCAGCAAUUCUUCCAGCUUUUCACAGCCUUCCUCGAGCAACUUGCAGCCAGGAAGCUUCUUUGAAGUGCCUCGCGUGCCUCCAAGUCUUCAAAAGGCUGCUACGGUGGCAGCUUCCCCAGUGAAGGGGCGCCCCAUACCGUCUCCGUUGCCUUUGUCUCCCCAAAAGAUUUUGGCAACGCCUCGCCAGGGCAGUGGAUCUUCCAACAGCCGCUCGCGAUCAUUGACUGUCGGUUCCCAGGACGGCAGUCCGGUGGCAUCGGACCUGUUGGUUCAUCAUCGCAAUCGCCGAAGUCAAGUCUUUGACAUGUCUCCAUCGUCCUCCGACAAUGAAGGCGACAAGGCUAAUGCUUUGUUGCGAGUUCAGAGGCGCCGCCAAAGUUCAAGACGAAUGUCUCAAAUCAACUUGGAAAGCACCGGUCCAGUUUUCCGGCCCCUCGACGUGCUCAUAUGCGAGGACCAUCCAGUUUCACGCAUGAUCAUGGAGAAGCUCCUCGAGAAGCUCCGUUGCCGUACGAUCUCGGCUUCAAAUGGUUCAGAGGCUGUGCGAUAUUCCAUGAGCGAUAUCAAGUUUGAUAUCAUCUUUAUGGAGUUUAGACUGCCCCAGAUUAACGGUGCCGAUGUCGCCAGGAUGAUCCGCGAGACAAAGAAUUCCAAUUCCCAUACACCAAUCGUAGCUAUUACAGCAUAUCUCAAAGAACUUCAGGCACCCCACUACUUCGACUCUUUGAUCGACAAGCCCAUCAGCUCGUCCAAGCUGACCGAAGUUCUGAAGAACCUGUGCCAAUGGAAGCCACCAUCAUCUAGCCAAUACAGCUCUCUGUCUCUGCCCCUUAGCCACCCUGCCCCCUCUGGUUUGCGACAAGAAAGCAGUCGGCUUGAAGACAGCCCAACCUCGGGCUCCUCGAUCUUUGCACAACGAACAGGGAGCAGUUUUCGUGGAUCAAGCCGCGAGGACUCGAUCAGUUCUAGUUUGUUUGGCGAUUCCGAGUCUGUGGCCACUGAUGACAUUCCCGUUGUGAUAAGUCGAACGGCAACAGGUGAAUGGGCAGAGGGUGCGCUAGGCAUUUCUCAAGACGAGAAAGCCCUCUCCAGCGAGCCCACAAAACUCUCGCCGAUGCCCAUAGAGGCACCACCAAAGACCCUUGCUCAACAGAGGUCCUUGGAAAAGCUUAAGGCCAAGAGGGAAGCCAUAGAGAAGAGGCGCAGUGACUGCUCAGUCGACUCGGCCGACGAUGAGGAUGAGGAGCUGGGGGUAAGCAGCCCGGAUUCCCGCAGCAACAGUUCGUCCACUAGUGGGAGUGUACACACUGGCAGUAACCAUAGCCAGAGUCGACAGCACUUCCGCAGCAAAUCGGUCUUGCCGUCUUCUAAACUUGGCAUCGAGAUGAUGCGAGCCAACAGCCACGAUAGUGUGGUCUUUCCGCCCGAAGCGACCGGCCCUGGUGAGACCGAGAUUCGCGAGUCACCGCUUGGUCAGCACGAUGAGGAGGAGGAUGUGGGUGACACAACUGUCAUACACACACCUGAUCAGUGCGGAUCUUCGGAGGACAACGCCACAGUCGUUGGGGUUGACGAAACACCACGACCAGCUAGUGGCAGUCAGUUCAUUGCCGACACCGGAAAUGAGGGCUCGAACGGCCGACCAUCAGGCAUAUCCACACAGGGUGGGCAGCAGCGCAUGAAUUUUAUCUGA